AUGGAGGCCGGUGCGAGUACAGGUACUCGUACGACGCGUUUUAUGAUGGAGGGCGUCGGCGCCCGAGUGAUUCGAGGACCGGAAUGGAAAUGGGGAAAACAGGAUGGUGGCGAAGGUCAUGUGGGUACUGUUAGAAAUUUUGAGUCACCAGAAGAAGUUGUGGUUGUUUGGGAUAAUGGAACUGCAGCUAAUUAUCGAUGUUCUGGUGCCUUUGAUCUACGUAUACUGGAUUCCGCACCGACAGGAGUGAAGCAUGAUGGCACAAUGUGUGAUACUUGUCGUCAGCAACCUAUCUUUGGAAUAAGAUGGAAGUGCGCUGAAUGUGGCAAUUAUGAUCUUUGUUCGAUUUGUUAUCAUGGAGAUAAACACCAUUUACGACAUAGAUUUUUUCGUAUUGCUACGCCAGGAAGUGAGAGAGUUUUAUUGGAACCUCGUCGAAAAAGUAAAAAGAUUCCAAUUCGUGGUAUAUUUCCUGGCGCAAGAGUUGUACGAGGCGUGGACUGGCAGUGGGAAGAUCAGGAUGGUGGAAAUGGUCGUCGAGGAAAAGUUAAUGAAAUACAAGACUGGUCUGCAGCUAGUCCACGUUCAGCUGCUUAUGUUAUUUGGGAUAAUGGUGCUAAAAAUUUGUACAGAGUUGGCUUUGAAGGAAUGGCUGAUUUAAAAGUAGUUAGUGAUGCAAAAGGACAAACAGUAUAUAGGGAUCACUUGCCAUUAUUGGGUGAACAAGGUCCAGGUCGAACAGGACCUCACGGACUACAAAUUGGUGAUCAGGUUAAUGUUGAUUUAGAAUUGGAAAUUGUACAGUCGUUACAACAUGGUCAUGGAGGUUGGACGGAUGGCAUGUUUGAAUGCCUCGGCACUACUGGAACGGUCGUCGGUAUCGAUGAAGAUCAUGACAUUGUUGUUUCUUAUCCAAGUGGUAAUCGAUGGACUUUUAAUCCUGCAGUACUCACUAAAGUUCAAAUACCUGUUCCUGUUACUAGUUCAAGUUCCGACAAUCAGACAUUUGCUGUCGGAGAUUUGGUUCAAAUAUGCCAUGAUAUAGAAAAAAUUAAAUUGCUCCAGCGUGGUCAUGGGGAAUGGGCCGAAGCAAUGGCUCCAACUUUGGGAAAGAUAGGUAGAGUACAGCAAAUAUAUCACGAUGGAGAUUUAAAAGUCGAAGUUUGUAGCACAUCAUGGACGUAUAAUCCUCAAGCUGUCACAAAAGUUGCUAGCAGUGACGGAAGUGUUCCAGGAAAUAGUAGCGGUGAACGAUUAUCAGCGUUACUAAAGAAAUUAUUCGAGACACAUGUUUCGGGUGAUGUCAAUGAAGAAUUAGUAAAAACUGCAGCGAAUGGUGACGCAGCUAAAUGCGAAGAAUGCUUAAAACGGCCGGAAGCAGAUGUUAAUGGUGUAUUCGCUGGUCACACCGCUUUGCAAGCUGCGAGUCAAAACGGUCACUUAGAAGUUAUUAAAAUACUUCUCCGAUACAAUGCAGAUGUAGAAAUGGAAGAUAAAGAUGGUGAUAGAGCCGUGCAUCAUGCUGCCUUUGGAGAUGAACCAGGUGUUAUGGCGCUCCUCGCUGGUGCUGGCGCCGAUUUAAAUGCUCGAAAUAAGAGACGUCAGACGGCUCUUCAUAUUGCGGUUAACAAAGGACACGCUGGUGUUGUACGAACUUUGUUGGAACUAGGCUGUCAUCCAAGUCUACAGGACUCCGAAGGCGACACACCCCUUCACGACGCGAUCUCUAAGAAACGGGAUGACAUGUUGGCUCUGUUGUUGGACCACGCCGCAGACAUCACCCUCACCAACAACAAUGGCUUCAACGCUCUGCACCAUGCUGCUCUUCGUGGCAACCCAAGCGACGUCCGCAUCCAUAUCGUAAGACAUAGUUAAUUUUUGUGGAACCUCAUCAAUACUGGGUGUGGUAAGUUUUGUUGUGACAAUCGAUAUUUUCUAACAUCCACUUAUCUUCUUGGAUGUAUCUCUAAUACCUGAUACACGUUUUUUUCCGUCUACUUGCGAACCUAUUCACAUCACAUAUUAUCAUGUCGGUUCACAUCGGUCGUUACUCUCGAUCUUUCUUUCGAAUUGUAUGCACGCGCACGUCUACGAGUGACAAAUCUAGGACACCAUCUGUUGUUAGCGCAAGGCACGAGAAGUGGAGAGAAG